AUGACGAGCUCAGAAUCAGAACAGACGCAGACAUCACGGAAGCGCUCACGCAGGAGGGACAGUGGCGAUGACGGUGGUGCUGGAGGAAAGAAGGCUAGGGGCCGUCCACGGGUAGACACACAGGACGCCACGGCUGCAGAUGUGAGUGGAGACGCAACAACUCAGAUCCGGCUUGCGCAGCGUGCGUAUCGCCAGCGGAAGGAAACCACCAUCGCAUCGUUGAAGAGUCAAAGCACACAGCUCCACUCGAUUAUCGAGCAGAUGAACAAGGCCUUUCUAAAGCUAAACGAAUCCACCAUCAAGUCAGGUCUGUUACAGCUGAAUCCGACUUUGGCCCAAGAGUUCAAGCUGGUAACGGAGACGUUCGCGAGCUUGACAAAGACAGCCAACGAAGGCCAGUACGAGGGAGACGAAGAUGGUGAACACGGCGAACAAGGAAUCGAAGGGAAUGGUGCACCGAAGCUAGCCGAACCGGAGCCUGAAGUGCAACACAUUGGAUGGGGUUAUUCUGCAAUUCCGAAACAAGCUGCUGAGAAGCGUCCGCAGCCACAAUUGUCAACACCGGAUAGCUACCUCGCCCACAUUAGUGCUGCUUAUGGCAAUGUGGACUCCCGUAGGAGCGAUCUGGUGGGAUGCCGUCAGUUUGGCGCUGGUUCGGUCUUCGACCAGUCGCACCGAUCUUCGCAGCCUCCAGCAAUUAACCGUGUCUUCAAGCUCUCUCUACCCUAUGAAACCCUCGAUCAAAUACGAAGCCGGUUUCGAACUAUAAUGACCCGUGGCAUUGACGAAGACCUGGAUUGGUGGGAGUCGCCAUUCCUCCAUCUCGGUGGUGCAGGGACUCAUUAUCCGCGACGGGACCCUGCCGGCAACGCGAAGCCUGUGAGAAACGGAUGGAACGUACGGCAAAUUGGGCCAGCAGAGAACAAAGUGCUCAUUAUAGAGAAUACAGAAGACGGCAGGAGUGAAGAGCUACGCGGCGUAGACCUCCGUGGAUACGAGGGGGAAUGGUUCGAUUGUUACGACGUACAGGGCUACUUGGAAGAAAAGUACUCGUGCAAGCUCGACCCGAAGAGCUCGUUCGCCGAGUGUGUUAUCGAAGUUGCCGACGAAGAACUGUCCAGAGCCCCCAACAGUUCACUACGGCAACGGCCACACAACGCGACGAGUCUGCCUCCUCUUCACCAGAACUCCGCAAACGCAUCGACAGCUCCGUCAACCACCUCGACAAACCCGCCAAAUAACUCUUACAAUAUCGCCGAUGGUGGAGCUUUUGGGCUAGAUCUGUCUUUCGGGAACACUGGUGAAUUCCCUAGGCUUGUCAACUAUGAAAUCUCAUAUGAUCAGACCUUGGGUUUGGAUCUCGCACCUGGGUAUGAUUAUGGGUUUUCGCAUACACCUACCUUUCACAUGGACAAUAUAGAUUUGGGCAUGAACAUGAUGAGCGACGUAGCGGCAGCUUUACCAGUGGUGAGGCAGAAACGGAAGAAGACUGCCUGGCUAGACGUUGCGAAGUUGAUUGAUGGUGAGUGUACACAUUCAAGAGAAGUCGACAUUGGACUGACAAUUCCGACAGAGAUCAUUAUACAUGGCGUGUGUCUCGGGCGGUCACCAGGGUAUAGGCGCAAGGACGUUGAUGCAGCGGUACAAAAGGCUUUGGUGCAUGACCAUUAG